AUGAAUUCUUUAUUGCAGGCUGCUAGAAAUGUGAUCAAUACUUUCAGCAAAGUGAUCAAUAAUGACCGAUGUUCAUUUGUUGGCAACGUUACUGUGGGAAAGGACGUCUCUCUUACUCAGCUCAGGAAGGCCUAUACAGCUGUCGUCCUGGCCUAUGGAGCUAAUUCAGAGAGAAGGCUUAACAUACCAGGCGAGAAUCUACCAAAUGUAAUAUCUGCACGACAUUUUGUUGGUUGGUACAAUGGUCUGCCUGAGGAACAAGAUUUAAAAUUGAAUUUUGAUGUAGAAGAUGUGGCUAUUGUUGGACAUGGAAAUGUGGCACUGGAUAUUACUCGAAUAUUACUUACACCCUUAGAACUGUUGAAGAAAACAGACAUCACUGAACAGGCAAUUACAGCCCUCAGCUCCAGUAAGGUGCAACGAGUCCAUCUGAUUGGGCGAAGGGGUCCACUUCAAGUAGCAUUUACAAUAAAAGAACUCCGGGAAAUGAUCCGCUUACCAAAAUCACGUCCAGUCCUAGAUCCAGAGGAUUUCAAACACCUGGCAGAUUGUUUUGAGGAUUUACCUCGUCCUCGACGUCGACUGACAGAAUUGCUAUAUAAUACUGCUGUCAAACCAACAGAAGAAGAUAAAAAAUUAUGGUCAGAUGCAACACAAAAAUGGUAUCUUCAUUUUUUAAGGAGUCCUGUAGAGAUACUCAGUGAUGGAUCCUCUGUAAAAGGCCUCAGAUUAGUCAAGAAUAAAUUGGAGGGAUCAAUAAAAGAGAAUCCAAAAGCUGUUUCAACAGAGAAAACAAUUGACUUGCCUUGUGGGAUGAUCAUGACCAGCAUUGGCUAUCAAGGUAUUCAACUUGAUCCAGAUUUGCCAUUUGACCACAGCAAAGGAGUUGUCUCCAAUGAAAAUGGCCGAGUGACUGGAAUUCCUGGUUUAUACUGCACUGGUUGGGUGAGUCGUGGGCCAUUGGGAGUCAUCUUGAACACAAUGACAGAUGGCUUAGAUACGGGUAAAAUGAUACUGCAGGAUUUGAAGUCUAAUCUCCUGGAAACCAAUAAGCCUGGCAAAGAAGCAGUAAUUAAACAAUUAAAAGAAGCUGGAGUUCAGACGGUGUCCUUUGAUGACUGGAAAAAAAUAGAUUCUAUUGAAAUGUCUCAGGGCAAAUUAAUAGGAAAGCCACGAGAAAAAAUGGUUGUCAUUUCAGAAAUACUGAAACUUUCUUUAUGA